GUCUGGCCACGAAGCCGCCCCGCCUCUUCCGGCGUCGGAGCCCUGGCCGAUGGGCGCCGGGUUGCGAGAAGGGGCGCGGUACUGGUCGGGGGCCGCAGGGAGGGCGGGCCCUUCCAGCUCUGGGCCUGAGGGUCUCGGACCUGAGUGGAGGAGGGCCCUUUGGGCGGGUCUACCCCGAGCCGCCCUCGCGCAGCUAUGGAGGAGGACCACCCGGCCGAGGCGCUGACCGAGCUGCGCGAGCGGCAGCCGAGUGCGUUGGAGCUGCUACAGGUGGCUGCGGGCUCGGGCCUGGCCGCCUACGCGGUUUGGGCGCUGCUACUGCAGCCGGGUUUCCGCCGUGUGCCGCUGCGGCUGCAGGUGCCCUAUGUCGGCGCGAGUGCCAGGCAGGUGGAGCAUGUAUUGUCGUUGCUGCGAGGCCGUUCUGGAAAGAUGGUGGACCUGGGCUCUGGCGAUGGCAGGAUUGUGCUGGCUGCCCACAAGUGUGGUCUCUGCCCAGCUCUGGGCUAUGAGUUGAACCCGUGGCUGGUGAGGCUGGCGUGGCUGCAUGCCUGGAGAGCAGGCUGUGCGAGUAGUGUCUCCUACCGCCGUGAAAACCUCUGGAAGGUGAGCCUGAGGGACUGCUACAACGUGUCUGUGUUCCUGGCUCCUAGCGUGCUCCCACUGCUGGAGGACAAGCUGCAGGCAGAGUUGCCUGUGGGAGCCCGAGUCGUGUCCGGGCGCUUCCCCCUCCCCACCUGGCAACCUGUGGCGGUGGUGGGUGAGGGUCUGGACCGCGUCUGGGCCUAUGACGUCCACAGGGGCGGGCCAGCCGGGCCGGCCGUCCCAGGACCCAGUUCCGCCUCCGUACCUGGAGCCCCCAGUUCUCAGGCUGACUGACCGGACACAAUAAAGACGCAGUGGGCUCCA